GUGGUAGAGAAAAGAGUAUAAUUAUUUAUAAUUUUGGGAGGGAUCUUGUGCAAUUCUUCUCCCUUCUUCCCAAAACGCGAAGAGGAAUCUAUUCCCUUCUUCUCCUUCUUCUUCUUCCUCUUCCUCUUCCUCCUCCUCCUCCUCCUCUUCUACGUGUUCUAACCCAAGCGGAAAAACCUAGGCUUCAGUGUAUUAUUGGAGUAAGAUAAGUUGUUGCAGAGAUGUCUGAUGAAGGAAGAGUACACCCUGAUUGUAGAAAUGCUUCUAAUCCUUAUCAUGAAUGUAGCGAGUACUGCUUUAAAGUAAUAGCUGAAUUGAAAGCCCGGAGUCAGAAAAACGAGCCAGUUCCCACUUCAUCAGAAACUGUACAAGCUGGUCGAAGUAGUGGUUCUUCCAGUUUUGUGCCUCCUGAUGAGUAUGAAGAUCUUCAUGAUGAAAAGCCUGAUGAAGAAGGGCACAGUGAUGGUGAUCUUGACAAAUUUAGUGGCGAGGAAAAUGUGGAAGGAGACUUCACAAAGCUCACGGGGAGGAAGAAGAAAUUGUUUGAAAUUAGGCUUAAGAUGAAUGAGGCUCGGAAAGCUAAUCAAACAGCAAUUGCUGCUGAGAAAAAGAAAAUGGAACCUCCAUCAGAAUCAAGAGGCAUUUCUAAACAAAAGUGGCUUGAGGAUCGGAAGAAGAAAAUUGGGAAGCUUUUGGAUGCAAAUGGCUUGGAUAUGACAAAAGCAUAUAUGUUAGAUACACAAGAGGCAGCAGAAAACAAAUAUAAGAAAUGGGAGAAGGAUCCAGCUCCCUAUGGAUGGGAUGUCUUUAACCAGAAAACGUUGUAUAAUGCAUACAAAAAGAGGACGAAGAAUGUAAAUAUUGACCUUGAGGAAUAUAAUAAAAUGAAAGAAUCUGAUCCUGAGUUCUACCGUGAGGCUUCAAGUCUUCAGUAUGGAAAGGCACCUAAGAUUUCAGAGGAUAAGAUUGACAAUAUGGUGAAAGAACUCAAAGACCGAGAUGAGAAGCGAAAGUCGUUUAGCCGUAGGAGGAAGUUCCAUGAAGACAAGGAUAUCGAUUCCAUCAAUGACCGUAAUGAGCAUUUCAACAAAAAGAUUGAGCGGGCCUUUGGUAGAUACACUCUGGAGAUCAAAAACAAUCUUGAGCGAGGAACUGCCUUACCUGAUUAAGGAUUUUCAAGGAAGAUCGGAAUUCUAGUAGUUGGGAGUAUCUAAAGCCUUUCUUCUUUAGUUUCGAAAAGAAGUUAUUUCUGUAAAAGAUUUCUGGCAAAGCUACAUAAUUCUCCUUUUAAGUGAAGAGAAAAUUGUAAGGUCACAUGUCUUAGAUUGCAAUGUACCAUGUAGCAAUAUAUUUGACAAUAGCAACUUACUUUGAUUGUGUUUCUUUCAUUGUGAAUACCUUUGUUUCAACAAGUACGAAUUAACCCAAACAAAGGAUAUCAUUUUUUCUCCCCCUUCUUAACAAAUAUAGUAAAGAACGAGUAAUUUUGACUUA